AUGCGAAAGACAAGACUAAAGCCAAAGCUGCUGCUAAAGUCGCACAACAAACCAUGCUCCACUACUGAAUCAAAGAGUAAGAUAGUGCUCGCUAAUGUACAGUCAAAGGCGAUUGGCGGGAGCAGCGGUGUUGCUGGCAAACGGAAUGCCUCGAACGGGGGUACUAAAGUCGGUGCACAUAAACGCAAGAAAGAAGGAGUGCGACCGAAAAAGCGAGCUAAACCAACAUCAACGUCGAACAGCGAUGAAGAAAAUUAUAUCGAUAAAUUUUUCGAUCAUUUCUCAUCGGAAGACUCGGAAGAUGAGAAUCCGGUGGUCGUUGCUGUAACAAAGCCAAAGCAAAGUUCGGAAGCGAAGCAAUCGCCUAAGCCGUACACCAUAACCUCUACCGGUUGGAUUGUGGAAGAAAAUGAUGAAUCGCUGCUGACCUAUAGCGAUUCCGAGUGCGAGGAAAAGUGUGAAAACGCUGCUGUAUCCAACAAAGUAACAGCUAAGAAGCAUAAACCCGUCAAACAAAAUCGGUUCGAUAAGCAGGAAGACACUCUUGUGUCUAAAUCGAGCGACGAUGGUUUACCAUAUAUUUGCGACGAUUAUUCUUCUGAAUACGACAGUAUGGAAGGUUCACCACCCGAAGGUUAUUUUUUCACCAGUGGUUCGGAGGAUUCGGUCGACGAGCUUAGUGUACUUAGUGAUGGACAAUACUUUGAGGAUACAUUUCUGCCAGGCAUCGGCAAUCUAUAUGUUCCGAAGGAUGCUGCCACGGUUUACGAUUGCAAUGACGAUACCAUAGUGUUCAGGCAUGACAAUAAGGCUGGGCAAAUUAUAGAACUGCCGGCAGAUUACAAGGUGGCCUGUGAGGUUAUUCUUCCGAAAUUGGUUCUUCCCACAUAUAACGAGAAUGGUGAAAUGAUUGGUAGUCCCAGCAAGGUAUGGGGACAAAGAAACGCUGGGGUCAUCGGAGAACUACUAGAACCCAGUGUCGGUGAUCAACUCGAUGAAACUCUAUCGUUGGGUGGAUUCGAAUCGGACAAAGACCCAACCACGAAUGUAAGGAGUGACUUUUCUUACCGCUUUUUCGACGCCAUUGAUUCUCGAAAGUCGUUGUUAGUAAUGAAGAAGCAGAUUUACCUUUAUGGUCAUGUAUCCAUCCAGCCACUCUAUGGGAGGGUUGAAAUCAUGGGCUACACGCUCGAUGCGGGCGAAAGCCGUACCGUGUACGCCGCCCGCGGGUUUAAUGCGCUCAAUCUCAAUCCGGUACCAACACCUGAGGCCUUCAAACCAACCGAAUUCGAAGCUUUUCUAGCGGAACAGAAGACUCACUUUAUUGAUGUUAACAUCGAUGGUUUGCGCGAAUCGUUCGAUCCGAACGACUGCGUCCUACUACUGCUCAGCGCUGAACAACGGAACCGCGAUUCAGUUUCGAUCGUUAACCGAUACCUAGAGGAGUACAAUUUGUUCCCGACAUCCACCAUACGUACCAAAACGAUGUCACUUCGUUCGACGGAACACAUGUUGGAUGUACGCCUCCUGGAACCUGAAACAAAGGCAACUCCUCUCUUUCAAGCCAAUCCGGCCUGGGACACGGUGCAACUCGGUGAUCACAGCCGUCUGCUGGUGCUCGGCGGCAAAGGGUCCGGUAAAUCAACGCUCUGCCAGUAUCUAGCGAACCGAUCGCUUAAAUCAUCCAAACGCGUGCUGCUACUGGAUCUCGAUAUUGGCCAACCGUUGUUGAUGGUACCGGAAACGAUGAGCGCCUCGGUUCUCCACGAGCCACUGCUUGGUGUGGCAUGCUUCGGAAAGGUGCAGCCUGUGCGAUGCCAACUGUUUGGCAGUUUGAAUGUAGUGACCUCUCCGAUUUCCUACAUCCAGAAUGUACGCACAUUGGUGGAGUACUGUACCGCAGAUCCCCAGCUUCGUGGUGUGCCGUGGAUUGUCAACACGAUGGGUUACGUGACCGGAUUUGGCGAGGAGCUAACAGCAGCUAUCGUCCAAUUGAUACAGCCAACCGACGUGAUACAGCUUACGACCCCAGCGCGCUUUAAGGGAGCACGGAACUACCAUAACAAAUUUAGUGCUGAGUUCGUGAAUCUCUUCAAAUUCAACAUCCUGAAAGAUGAGCUAAACCAGAACGAACAGAAAGAGCUGGCCUAUCAGCUUCAUUCGAUUGACGUACUGUUUUCGCCAAGCGGAUGUCCGUUGAUUCCAGCGAAACGCCGGAACCUGUCCGUUAUGGUGCAGCUGGUUAGAAUUCUUGAUAAAUCGUCCGAGUUGUUUACGGAAGCCAAUCCCGUGUGUAUUCCUUUGGACGAGUUGGAGGUGCUGGUCACGCGGGAGGAUAAACCGACGGAAGACAUGUUGCCCAGCGUUCUAAAGGCAACGCUUGUCUAUAUUUGCCAAAGGCUGGACGAAGGGCAACUUAGUUGCCUUGGUGUCGGGAUCGUUCGGACGGUGGAUAGCCAGCGAAAUGUUCAUCUGCUUCACUAUCUUCAGCCGGAGCAGUUAGUGAAGGCGAAGGUACUGGCACUGUGCAACACCUGUCUUCCAAGCCCAAUUAAGCUGAAGCUGAACUCGGGAAUGAAGAGUAACAUUCCGUACCUACAAAACGUUACCAAUUCAAUGGAGCAGCCGGCCGAAUCGUGAAGUGUUCCUGUUUGCCACUGCACUAUCACUAUCCAUAUUUCGAAAUGCAUUUGAAAAAUUUAAUGU